AUGCUGACUCGCACUUUUUGGAAAAAAAUAUUAAAAAAUUUGAUAGAUAACAAUGUAUUAAAAAUUAUAAAUGAUAAUGGGCUAGUACUGGUACAAAAAAAUUUAAAAAAUUUAGAAGAGUUAAAGUCUAAGCUAGCACAAAUUGUAGACUCUGAAGAUGCAGUUUUGACCUCAUUGAUCCUAGAUUUUUUUCAUAUGAAUUUUCGAUGUGAAAUUAAUCAUUUGUCAAUGCCUUUACGCGAAAGAGACUACACCUCAAUAAUAAUACUUUCUUUGAUGACCGAUUUACUUGAGGAAUUUGGCAACAUGUUUGAAGUCUUUGGGUUAUUAUUUUUGAGUCAUUUGUAG